GGGCCAGGUGUGAUCACAUCAAUUCUCAACUUGUCCAUGAAGAGAUUGCAGAGAAUCUUGGAAUCCUAGGCCCAUCUCAAGAUCUCAAAACCCUAACUAACCCACAUUUCUUCUUCUUCUUCUUCUUCUUCUUCUUCUUCUUCUUUAAUCUCAAAGCUUUCUAUAAUGUUUCCUUUCCAUCAAAACGAUGAUUUGUCUCAGAUCCCUUGUACUACCCACCACCAACAACACGGUAUCGAUCAAGAUCUGAUCUUUUCUGGUCUUGAUUCUCUUGAACUUGAAAGAGUUAAUAAUUCUUCAGCUACCAACUACUUGACAACUACCCAAGACUCUGAACAUACAAGUACUGGUGUUGUGGACAAAGAUAAGAAGAUCAACCGUAGCGAUAUAGAACGAAAAAGAAGACGCGAAAUGAGUACUCUUUAUGCUUCCCUUCGAUCCGAGCUGCCUCUUGAGUACAUCAAGGGUAAGCGUUCAACUUCAGAUCACAUGGAAGAGGCAGUGAAUUAUAUUAAAAAUUUGGAAAAGAAUAUCCAACAAUUACGUCACAAGAGAGAUGAGCUGAAGAAGUUUUCGAGUCCGGAUUCUUUAUAUUCCGGGGAUGGAAACUCAAGUCACUUCUUUACAGUAUGCCCUUGUUUGGGAGGAGUGAAAAUUGUGUUCAGUAGUGGCUUCAAUGAAGAAAAAUUGCAGCUAUCAAGAGUGAUGGAAUUUCUUCUUGAAGAAGGACUUAAUGUUGUUACCUGUGCUUCCACCAAAGUAAAUGACAAGUUAAUUCAUACUAUCCAGUGUGAGUUUACCUCAGGUGACUGAUCCGAAGUGCUUCAAUGACUCUGAGCUGCAACAGAAGUUAUACAACGUUGUGACCAAUGGUUGAUUUAAAUCUGCAAGUAGCUUUAUUGCUUGGAGUUAGUUUGGGUGAUGUUGCGAUUUAUCUGCUUGCGGAUUCUUGUUAUCUAUUGGUUUUCUUGGUGUUGGGCACUAGAAUAAGUCUACAAACCCAAAAAAAAAUGCCACAAAAUUAGACACAUAAUAUGUAUGAACGGAUAAGAUUUUAUAAAAGUGGACUCGACUAACGAACCUCGUAAAAUCUUAUUUAUUCAUACAUAUACAGUGUCUGAUCUAUGAUAGGUUUCCGUGUUUGUAGCAGAAUUGGAGUGAAUAUGUAAAAAAAUUACCAACUUUUUUGAGUAUGGAUGAUUUCGAGGUGGAAUGUUUGUGUUAAGCAUGUUUAUUCUGUAGGUUUCUAUUUAACAGCUUCUCUAUGUUUAAUAUUUGAACUCCUUCAUGGCAGAUUCCAAUGUUCAAUGCUUGCCAGUUUGCUAGUUUUGGUUUUUGAGAUUCAUAAAACUCUCUAUGUAAACUAUGCCAAUGUGUGUACCCUCCUCUUUUUGUGCACCCUCUUUUAUUUAUUGAUGUUUUGAUGUUUUGCUUUGUGUACAUCUUGUACCCUUCAUCGUCAUCAAUGAAAUUCUGUUUAUUUUGAGA